AUUCGACGGUCUGCCGAGUGAGUCACACGGUGGAUAUAAUCGUAGUUUCGUAUGUACUAUGUGCGAUACGUAGUUCUUGGUACGGUUUAUUUUCGAUUGAUGCGCAACGUAUGUCGCCUAGUGAUAAAAGGCUGAGAAAUACAAGAUCCUUCGCUUGUUCGGUCGGUAAUUGCAAUCAAGGAAGUUCAGAGGCGGUACUCCAUACCGAAUUAAAACAUCUACGCGAAGAAAGGUUGGCAAAGAUUCAAUACGGACGAGCGGGUCGCCGCAGGGCUGUCCCGCCGCUAAACCCGGUGUGGAAAUUAACCUAAAUAAAAAAAACAAGUAUCAAACAGCACACGGCAAGCGAAGAUGUCUACGGCGCUGCUUGCGGUGUUUGCAGUUAUUCUCUGCAUUCUGUUCCGAAUUUUAAACGUGAACAGUGCUCCCCAGAAGCCAGUUAUCGUUUGCAAAGAUGAGUCGUUCCUCGCCACCAUCCUCAAGAUUGCACCCGUAUUACGAGACCCGUAUAAACCAACACGGCUAUGGGGCUACAGCGGACAUGUGCAAACUAUAAUCCACAGCAUUAUUGGAAGGGUUCGAUGUCCAUGGCCGAUCGGAGAAAGAGUUAAUAUCAUUUUGUCCGAUAAUGCAACGUUAACCUACGAUCUCUACCAGCCAUUAACAUCGGAUCAUCAAGAUGACAUCACAAUUGCAAUAUGCCCUGGAAUUGGAAACAGCUCCGAGAGUGUCUACAUUCGCACUUUCGUACACUUUAGCCAAUGUCAUGGCUAUCGAUGUGCAGUAUUGAACCAUGUUGGUGCUCUGUCCAGCGUCAAAGUUACUACUCCCAGGAUAUUCACUUAUGGUCAUACCGACGAUUACCAUGUGAUGUUGCAAAGUUUGAUUGAAAAGCAUCCCAAUACUCAGAUAGUAUGUAUAGGCUUUAGUCUAGGUGGAAAUUUGGUUACUAAAUAUGUUGGUGAACGAGGCACCAAUAAAUUGUCAAAUAUUAUUGGGGCGAUAUCAAUUUGCCAGGGUUACAACGCCAUUGAAGGGACUAAGUUCUUGCUUAAUUGGCAAAACUUCCGACGAUUUUAUCUCUAUGUUAUGACUGAAUCUGUAAAGAAUAUUAUUCUAAGGCAUAAAUAUGUUCUACUCGCUGACUCAGUCAAACAAAGACACGGUCUCAAUGAACGAGACAUCAUUUCUGCUGCCACGCUUCCCGAGCUUGAUGAAGCAUAUACCAGAAAGAUACACAACUUCAGAUCUGUAAAAGAAUUGUACAAUUGGAGUAGCUGCAUUAAUUAUGUAACUAAAAUAGCUACUCCGAUGUUAUUCAUCAACGCCUUGGAUGACCCUCUAGUUCCGGAGCAGUUAUUGAGUCCUAUAAAGGAUUUCGCAUCUCAACAUUCCAACACACUGUAUAUAGAACUAGCUCACGGUGGUCACCUUGGUUUCUAUGAGGGUGGUUUACUCUACCCAAACCCAAUAACGUGGCUGGAUCGCACACUGGUAUCUUUAGUCGGGUCAUUGGCAUUGGCUCACGCGGAUAGAGCGUUGAAAAUGUCUUAACCAUGUAACGCUCCCAGAUCUGGUACUAAGAUCAAUCUUACAAUCUGAAAGAAUCAUCCAGCCUUUCCUUCAACAAGAACUGGUGGAUGUCAUUAACGGUAGUUGAUCUAGAAACUGUUUGAGAAUGAAAGAAAAGUAACGAGUUGUCGCCUUCAUUAUUACCUAUUGUUGCAUUUACCGUUGCAUAUAUUUAUUUGCCUGUUAUUUAGAUGGGUACAUUACCAAUUUUUGAAAUAAGAUUGUGCUAUAUCUUGAAGUGUUUUUCUAUAGUACAUAUAU